AUCAUAAAUACCUGCGUCCAUUAUCUCACUCAACUGAUCGUAUUCACGUUAGUUUCACUGUUGUGCUGGAGCUGCUCUUCCAAUAGAUCUGAGACGUUUGCAGUGGAGAAACCAACCUGAAGACCAUGAAGUUUCCAGAGACUGCCAUCGUCACCUGCUGCCACCCAACAAAGGCAGUAACCGCUUAAAACACCAGCAGCCCCAUUACCCAGCACAUUUCUGGCCUCAUUGCUGCCACUCUGCUGAACCAGCAGAUCCUCGAAUAUAAAGAUAUCUACCUGCUCAACAUUUGCCUCAUUGAAAAGCCUCCUCCUCAGCUCCUUCACAAAAAGAAAGCCUCCAUUGUCAAAUGAUGCGGACGGACAACAAAGGCCGAAGUGCCUCCCCUCAUAGGAUAACCUACAAGUCUGACUUCCAUGCCAUCAAGUGCUCAUUUGACUCCGGGGCACGGUGCUCAUCUGUGCAUACUAACAGGCUGCCCUCCAGCUCGUCAGACCCCACAAUGUCCCACACCACCACCAACAGCAUGGGCAGCAGGGGGAGGGUCCAUAGCAACAGGGGGACCAAGAUCAGAGACAACAUCUUCCUCCAAAUGGACAGUCAUCAGCUCAGACAAGAUGGUGGUGCUGUGGUUCUGAGUUCCAGCUCCCCGCCCCUCCUCUCUCCUGGCCUGCAGCUCCAAACCUCGCCUUUCCCUGGAUCCAGACGUUCACUCAUGAGUUCCUCGUCUGUCAUGAGCACCGUGGCCAACAUUUCCACCCCAGAAUCCUCUCUGCAGGACAGACCUUCCCUGACAGAUGAGAUAAAGGAUAUCGACAGAGCCGCACUGGCUCAGAAGUUCUCUGUUACCCGGAGGUUGUUUGAGACCAAGGUGAUGGAGAUCGGAGGACUCUCGAAUCCCGAGACUGGCAGGGGAAGCAAGGGGGUGGCAGAUGGGAAGGUAGAAGGAGAGGACGGGAGAGGAGGAGGAGCCAAACAGGUGGAAAAAGAGGAAGAGGCGAGUGGGAAGAAGGAGCAUGGCUCUGAUAAAGACAAAUCCAUAAACCUACCUGUCAUUAAUAUCUCCUCGCAGAAGCCCCCUGCACCCACGUCACUGACAAGGCCCCGUAACUCUGCUGGCCCUGCGGAAGCAUCUGACAAAUCUCCUUCCUAUCAUCUCAAACACGGUGAAACCACAGGAACACGGGCAGAGGAAGAACGAUCAGAAAGCACUGAUCUUGACCUCUGCUUGACCCCUGAGGAGCCAGUGAGGGCAGAACUUGUCGACGUAAAUGCAGAUUCAUCCGAAAGCGACGGGAGUGAAGAGGAGAAGGAGCAAAAAGAGAUCAAAGUGUGGUUUAAAGUUGAGGAGGAAAUGAAUGUGAACGCAAUCGCAGGAGGAAGUGUGGAGGCCCUAGAGGAUGAUGUGUUUGAAGAGUCCAGCGUUGAAAUAAUAACAACAACAGCAGCAGCAGGAGGAAGGCCAGUAGUUUCUUCAGAAGAACGCCAUAGGCAGGAACGUGUAACAGACAAGUAUCAGCAGGUGGAUGGAGGACGGGAGGGUGAAAGGGAGGAGCAGAACGGAGAGUUCACUGCACGAAAAGAAGAGAAGUCAACAGAAAAGGGGGACAACAUGGACAAAAUGACAGAUCCAGGAGUGGAAGAGGGUGCUGGAAGGAAAGAGAGGGAAGUUGAGUGGAAGGGGAAUGAUGAACGUGUGCAAAGUCAAGAGGAGGAGAUGUCUGAAAAUGAGGAGAAAAGGCAGAAAGGAGAAGGUACAACGUCUGAACACGCCCAAGAGGAGGUGAAACAUGUGGCGUGUGGAGGAGGCAGUGAUGGAAACGAUGACAAAGAGGACAAGACAGGAUCUGUGGUAAUCUGUGGGAUUGAGAACAAGGCUUUUGUGUGUGAUCGGGACUCCCAGUGUCCUCCAGAACAUUCGAGACAGGACUUUGGAAAGGCGGCAGAUCAGUGUUUAUCAGAAUAUGAGGAAAUUCCUGGCGUUCCUGAUCAGGAUGAUGAGGAUGCAUCUGACACGAGGAAGAGAAAGGUCAGGUUCUCCUCAGCACCAAUCAAGGUGUACAGCACCUACUCUAACACAGACUACGACAGACACAAUGAGGAUAUUGACCCAGUAUCUGCCUCGGCCGAAUAUGAGCUGGAGAAGAGAGUGGACAGGAUGGACGUCUUUCCAGUGGAGAUAGAGAAAGGACAUGAUGGUCUGGGUAUCAGUAUCAUAGGAAUGGGUGUAGGUGCCGACCAGGGACUUGAAAAACUUGGAAUCUUUGUCAAGACAGUAACAGAAAGAGGAGCAACGCAGAAGGACGGAAGGAUUCAAGUGAAUGACCAGAUCGUGGAGGUGGAUGGGGUGAGUUUGGUCGGAGUCUCGCAGCUGUUUGCAGCCACAGUCCUCAAAAACACAUCGGGCCUCGUCAAGUUUGUGAUUGGUCGUGAGAGAGAAGGCGUGCAGAGUGAGGUCGCACGACUGAUCAAUGAAAGCCUGGAAAUGGAUAAAACAUCCAGAAAGAGGGAAAGAGCAGGCGGAGACGAGGAUGAUGAUGAUCGCAGCGUGUCAGAGAAGGACUGGGUGGCUGAAGAACAAGAAGAAGAAUAUGAGGAGGAAGAUGAAGAGGAGGAUGUGUCUUUACUGUCCAGUCUGGACAACUACGAGCUGUGCCUCAAAUACCAGCAGCUUCAGUCAAAUCUACGACGCAAAAGGACCCAACUUCACCACGCUAGAGAAAAGUUAAAGGCAUGGGAGGAGCGGCAGGCGUGUUGGGAGGGUCAGAAGGCCGAGCUGGAGCAGAGGGCAGAGGAUGGAGAGGAGAAGGCUGAAAAGCUAGAGAAGUAUUGGCAGGAGGCCCAGACACUGUGCAGGGUUGUGAGCCAGCGACUGGCCGAUGCCCAGAACCAAUCAGAAAGCCUGGAGAUCAAAUACAGCAAAGCCAAGAGACUGGUCAGAGAAUACCAGCACAGAGAGGAGGAGAGUGAGGGAAGAGAGGCUGAUUUGAGGGGAGAAAUGGAGGAGAGAGAUAAGCAGCACAGAGACACUGUUGAAAGACUGGAAAUCCAGAUAGCACAGCUAGAGAGGAAAGAGCCUGUAGCUGAAAGAACGAACCACUCUGCGGACUCUUCACUCUUAGGUCCACACUGGUAUAUUCCUGUCCCCGAUACAGUGCGUCUAGACUCCAGUGCUCACAAAGCCAGAGCUCAGCUGGCCCAGAAGUCUAAGCGCCACCCGCCCUCACGAGACAAACUACGGGAGAGUUUUAGAAAACCGGAAGAUGAAGCCCAGAAACAACAUGAGAUACAGUCACUGUCUGCUCCCACAGUGAUACAAAGGAGCAGUAGAAGUGACGUGUCCAGUACGUCCUCAGCCCUCAGUCCUCUUCCUCCCACCAGCUCUGUCUUCACCCCUCCGAUCUACAUCACCGACACUGUCACCCCUUCCCCAUGCAAAUCCUCCACCUCGAGAAAGUCUAAAAGGAAAUUUCCAGACUUCAGCGGCUUUCGCAAGUCUCUCAGCAAAAAGAGGAGUGAAAAACGCAGCAGGAGGUCCAUGACCAACAGCAGGGGGUCAUGUGGUGACCUGGUGGACGAGCCUCCUGAAGUGUCUCCGUCUGGUUCAAUCACCUCCAUGCCCUCUUGCUUGCCCUUUCCCUGGUUUGGUGAGAGAGGGAGGGAGAAGGAGGAGGGGAGAGGCAGGGAGAGGCUUUGCUCUGUGUCCAGCAGCAGUUUGCCGUACCUGACCACCACAGGACGAAGAGAUCAGACGUUGGACGAUGACCCAGUUCCCACCAACAACAACAAUCAGUGGCAAAGUCAACCUGUCUUGGAGUGGAACAACCAGCAGGUGUGUCUGUGGUUAAUCGCCAUGAGCAUGGAUCAGUACGUGUCUGAGUUCGCCACCAGAGGAGUAAACGGGUCACAGCUGCUCAAUAUGGACAAUGAGAAACUCAAGGCUCUGGGCGUGUGCAGUCAAAGUGACCGGUCCGUCCUGAAGAAAAAGCUCAAGGAGAUGAAAAAAAGGGAAGAGAAAGAACAGAGGAAAGAAGAAAAGAGGCUGAAGGAAGAAAGGGAGAAAGAGAAGAAUGCAGUUUUGCAAAAAGAGAGCGUGAAAACAACAACGGAGGAGAAGUGCGUAAAGGACAUCGGGCGCAGUGGUAAAACUGUACGAACUGAAUCACUCUUAUAAAGAAGGGGACGUUGGAUACACCACCAGCAUGAGGGAGCAUUUGCAAUCUGACAUGCAGAAAUACACUUGAAUUACUUUUCUGUUUGGCAAAUAGAAACAGGUUGAUUGAGAGCGGAUGUCGUAUGUUAGGUUUUCAUUUAGGGAACAAAGAUCUUCAGAAUCACUCCAGCACCAGUUUCCUCUCGCAGCAGUUAUCGAUCUUUUUGUUAAAUGUGUGUGUGAUAAUUUUAGUGUUCUUUAAGUUAUUGUGUCUUUAAUAUUUAACAAGGUGCUGAUUUAAAGCACUCAGGUAUUCGCUGUAAAUGCUUUUUUAUGUUCUAAUAAAUCUUUUAACAUCC